AUGAUGAAAAAUAUAUUGGAUAAGGAGGAUACUAGAAAUCAAGUAAUUCUAACCAAUGUUUUCCAAGACUUCUCUCAGCCUGACAUAACAGACUACACAAUUCUACACAUUGCAGCAAUCAAGAGAGAUGUUGAGGCAUUCAAAAUCUUAAUAGACAAUAGAGCUGAUUUCACGAUGCAAAAUGCGCAUGAAUUUACAGUGCUUCACUACCUUUUUGAGUGCACAGCUGAUAAUAGCAGAAUUGAACUGAUAAAUUAUGCAUUAUCAGCCCAUUUAAAAUUAGCAAAUUCAAGUAAUCCUUGUAACAACAAUGGUAUUACCCACUUUCACAUUGCGUGCAUGGUCAACAAUACCCAAGCAGUGCAGUUCUUUCUGGAAAAUGCAGCAUCUGUGCGUCUAAUUGUGAAAAUGGACUCGCCUAGAUUUCCAGGCUACAGCUCUUUACACUUCGCUUCUGAGGGUUGUAGCAUUGAGACAAUAAAACUGCUUUUAAAGAAUGAUAUAGAUAUAAAUGUAAAAAAUGCUCAAGGCAGAACAGCUUUGCAUAUUUUUGUACAACAAAAAAUUAAUUUAUGUGAUUCUUUGAGAUACAGCGAAAUAGAUGCCACCACAGUGGUUUUGGACAAAAUUGAUUUGAUGGAUAACGCAACCAAUCUGUUGCUACCAGACAAUGGUAUAGAUAACGUGGGUUUUUCUCAGUUCCAUAGUGCAUGCACAAUGCGAGAAUCUACAGUAGCUGAAGAUCUUAUAGAGCAAGUGACAGACAUCAAUCGUUGUGUUCUGUUUGACUCUCCAGUGUGGCCUGGUUAUACAGGUCUUCAUUUUGCUGCUCAUUAUAACAUGAAAAUCUUUCAAAUGCUUGUGCAAAAGAUAAAAGCUCGAACUUUCAGAUGUUACGUAGAAAAAUAUGGGUAG